CACAUGGUGGUGUGCAGUGUCUGAGCAUGGUUUUCUGCUGUGGCAAUAUCAGCGCUUUGUGGCAUCGUGGAAUGACCAGCUGUCUGCCUGCCAGACUCUUGACUGUGUCACCCCACCCUCGUCUCAGGCCUCAUGACAACGACCCAGUUCUCACAGAUGUCCAGCCUUCACCUCGGCCCUCUGCCACACCUCACCCGGAUGUCCAACCCCUGACCCCUCCCCUAUCCAUACUCCUUGACCGGGAACUCCAAGAGGCCUUCCAAGAAUGUGAAGAACAAAUGGCCUCACUGGGCAUACUGAGUCCCUCUGGGCCCCCUGGCACCAAACCUGAGACGGUUCAUAAUGAAGGGAAGAAAACUGGAGAAGUGAUGGUUAAAAAAUCCAAUGAGUCAUCGUCACUGCCUCCACCCGCAGUCCAGCCAGGACAUAGCAAUGGUGGCCAUGGAGACAUGAGUAUACACGGAAACAGUGAGGCAGCAAACAGUCGGACGGAUACUGUUGUGUUUAGUUUCAGGGAUUAUAUACUGGGCAUUGAGAAAAGUGCUGUGGCAGGAGAGACGGAGAGUGACAUCAAAACACAGAGCCUGGAUAAGUGUUCAGAGAUGAAGACAGAAACAGAGAUAGAUGAGCAAAAGGAAACACCCACGCAUACACAAUUAGAAACUACAGAUUUAUUGAGAGAAACCCCAAAAGAUGUCGCCUUAUCUGUGCAGAGAGGCGAUUUAAGAGACAAACAUGUUGAUUCUAAUGCAGCUGUUUUGAAAAAGAGCAGUCUAGAUUGUAGUACAGUAAUAAGCGACAAAUGCACAGAGGUAAAAACAGAGAUUGUAGACAUUAAGAAAGAAAAGUGCAAAGAGUCCAGUGUUACGGACACAACAGAGAGCAGUUAUGUUCGUUUAAAAGAUAAUCAAACAUUAUCAGAGAUGCAGACAGAGACACAGACGGGGGCAAGAAAUCAGGAGGAUCAGGAGUCAAAAACAGACCACUCUCCAUGUGACAAACAGGCCGGGCUGGACAAAAAGGCAAAGAAGAAAGAAAAAAAGAAACAAAGGAAAAAGAAAAAGAUAGAAGAGAAAAACACAGAGACUGGUCAGAAAGCACAGUCAGAAGAACAACCUGAGAACAAUUCAGAGGCUGUAUCUCUCACAAAUGUGGGAGCUCACACAGAAUCAAUGUCCCAGGCAGACACUCUGACUUUGAUUUGUGGGCAGCAGCCUGAUUGUGGGUUUGGCUCCAAGAGACAGCUGAGUCCCGAGGGAGAGUCCUGCCCCAGCCCCCCACCAUCAUCCUCUCAUAGCAGGCAGGAUCAUCUUACUGACCUGGGGUCUUCACCUGUAUCCAACCAGGCUCUUUAUCAGAGGCCUCUUCAGUCAGAAAACCACAAACAUGCAGACGCCCCAUGUGAUAUUAAUCACAGCUCAGAAGCAAGACCACAGCGGAUGCAACAUGCAACCGGAGCCGUCAUCGACAAACCAGAUAUACCCAUGACACAUGUCCAAACUACAGUUAUCAAUCCAGCUGCUUCUACCGAUAAGAGAUCAGAGUCCAUUCUCCAAGAGGCAAUUCUGUGUGGGAGAGAGCAGCGUGGAGAGUGCCCUUGA